CCUAUGUCAAUUGGCUGCCAUCGUUCUUAUUCAUACCAUUUAUCUCUCUAAAACCAGAAAUUCUGAUUACCUCUUUUGUACCUUUUUUCAGUGUAAGCUAAAUAAUGCACUCUACUAUUUAGAGGCUUACAAUCAGAAACUUUUGUGGGCAGAUGCCUGAUCGUUGAAUUGUUGUUGGGGCUCGCUUUCAGAUCUGCCAAUAAAGUUAUUUGGAGGUAAAAUAGCUGAAAAGUAAGUUAUUGGUUUGUGCCCAGAUGAGAAGAACUGAUGUUAUUGGCAGUGGAAGGAGGAGGGUUCUUUUCUUCCUCGGCUUCUGGAUACAGUAAGGGAUUGACCCUUCUUUUAUUGGGUCAGAGGAAAGAAGAGAAACCCAUGAGAGUAACACCGUGGAAUCAGUACCAGUUGGUGGACCAAGAGACUGAUCCUGAUAGCCAGCUGUCUACUGGGAAGAACCAGCUUGUCCACGGGUGUGCUUCCUUUGUAUGCUUUGGUCGUGCUACCGCUGAAGUCAAGAGCCCAUCUCAUCUGCCUAAUCAGCUCCAAGAAGCCUCACUGGGAAAUCCUGUCUAUCACGAUGGUAAAGAUCAAGCCCAUUUGGCUGAUCAUCUUGAUGAUGAUGCUAGUAACAUAAGUAGUAUUAGUCUGAAGAGUAGUAUGAAGAAACCGACAAAUAUUAUUCCAGUUUCUGCUGCAAGUGAUGGAAGCUUUGGCAAUGGACAAGAAGCUUUAUGUGAGAAGAAUAAUGAUGUUAUGAGUCAAACGGAGAGGAGGAAAGUGCAAUGGACAGAUACAUCUGGUGGUGAGCUCUUUGAGAUCCGAGAAUUUGAUAUGAGCGAAGUUGAAUCGGAAGAUGAAUUUGACCAUAGGAAUCGAAAGACUUGUGCAUGCAGGAUAAUGUAAUCGAGCUUCUCAUUGGACCAUUGUCACUUAUAUAAAGAGAGAACCAAGGAGGUGUUGCUUGAAAUGCGGUGGUAAAAAGAUUUACUAAUCAGUGUUUUGCUUGAAGUUGUACAGAGAAAAAGAAAAUUUUGGAGGGUGCUUAAGAUAGUUUCACAGAAAGGCAGAUAUCCUGCAUUCCCCUUGGCCGACUGAUCUGUUGUGUCUGUAGUCCUGUUUGAAUUACGAUUUUGAAGCAUUGAGCUUAAUUUUUUCCUUGAUCAAUAUUCUUAUAUGAACUCACUGGUGGCGCCAAUCUCCAUUUUUCCGCUUUUUCUAUUAUUUUGAUUUUGAUUUUCUUCUUUCUUCUGCUGAAGAGACAAAUGGAAUUAUGAGUUUUGUAUUUCAUAGAUGUUAAUGUGGAGUAGAAUCGUGUCUGAAAUUGUUGUAUAGUUUGCAGUGAUUUAUUUGUUUUGGAAGGCAGCAUUCAAGAUAUGUCUAGUGCAGCCUUAGAAUGUUCGACCUCAGCGAUAGUAGAGGAAAUAUGUGAUCUGCCUGUAGUUUUUGUCAGGGUCCGAGGUACUUUGGCGCAUUAGUGUCAAAAAUGUAUUGGGGACAUCAGAUUAGAUAGUAGAUCCGAGCUCAUAUUUCAUUGAAUGCAAAGGGUGAUUUUGCCUGUU